AUGCGGCGAGCUGUGACGAUGCGGGAGCGGGUCUACGGCGCCGACCACCCCGAUCUGUGCAACCACCUCGCGCCGUACGCCACGCUCCAGCGGAUGCGGGGCGACCUGGCCCUCGCACGGACGCUCACCGAGCGGGUGGUCCGCAUCUGCGAGAAGUACGCCGGCGAGGAGAGCUUCCUCACAGCCCUCGCCCUCCACGACCUGGGCAACGUCACCGAAGACUUGGGCAAGAGCGACGACGCCGAGCGGCUCUAUCGUCGGAGCAUAGAGCUUAUGGUUCGAUCGGUGCUUCCGCUGCCAGAGGAGGAAGAAAAGCGAAAGGAGAUCAAAGAACGGAACGAGAAUACGGAGGCCAAGACGAUGGAGGUCAAGUGCGAUCUGGCGGUGCUGCUCGAGCACAUGGGCAAGCACGUGGAGGCCAUGCCGCUGCACGAGGAGCUGUUCCAGAAGGCGUGGGAUGUGGAGCGGUGGGACCACCCCUUCUUCCACUCGCACCUCCACGCCAGCAAGCACUGGCGCGUUAAGCACUUUGUCGAGGCGCGGCGGCUGGCGCGGGAGGACCGGGAGAAGGAGGCCCGCCGGCAGGAGACGGAGGGCAUGGGCGAAAAAGAGGGCAGCUUCAUUCGCCUCCAGACACCCGCCGUCCACAACGACGAUGAGUGGACGCCCGAGGUAAAUCCGUCGCGUACGGCGGACAGCGGGGCCAAGGGCGAGCACGAGGUCCAGGCGCUCAAGAAGGAGGUGCAGGAGGCGAUGAACGCCCUGAACCGGGAAUACGUGAAGAAGACGCAGGACCUCACCAACGAGCUCGCCUACCGCAAAGUCAUCGACAAACUCUCAGCCACGCUCGGCGUCGAGCAUCCGGCGCUGUGCCGGCAUCUUUACUACAUGGCCCACGUUUACAUGGGUACCUACCUCGUGUCCGACUCGUUCAACACGCUUAAAAAUGAGCUCUAUCCAGAGGCCGAGAGCAUGAUCAAACGCGUGCUGUCGAUCCAGAAGCGAGAGCGGGGACCCUACAGUGUCCCCACGGCCACGGCUUGGGGCGUGCUGGCCGAUCUGUGCCUCAGGCAAAAGAACUUGGAAGACGCCGCGCGGCUCAUGGCGCAAGCCCUGGAGCGCAAGCGCGAGGUGCUCGGCAACGGCCACAUCACAGUGGGCAUGUUGGAGUACGAGAUGAGCGGAGUAGCUCAGGAGAUGGCCAAGUUUAACACCGCUAUCAGUUGCUUGAAGCGAGUUCGGAGUAUCUUCGCCCUUGUCCCUGCCGCCAAGACUGGCGACGAACACGCGGAGCAUCCGUGGGUGGGGGUGGUACGCAACCGGACGGAGGAGUUGAAGGUGAUCAAGGAUGCUGCGAUACGCCAGUUCAUUAAGCGCGAGCAGGGCCAGGACGCCUCUAGCUUCCUUCAGUCUCCGGAACGCGGUGGUUUGCUGGGCACGAGCCAUUCGGAGGACAGCGGCGUGCCACAGGCACAGGAGCAGGACGUGAUGGCCGCCAUUGCCGGAUACACGACCAGUGGUCGCGUGAACCUGUAG